GUUUCGUUCAUUCUCUUCUUGCAAUAUCUACGGUUCUUUCUCACGUCUCUUGCCCAUGCCUCGCAUCCAGAGUCGGUCCACGGUCACCACCGCAGAAGUUCAACAAUUACAGGUAAAACAUUGAGCAAUAUUCUUUCCAUAAUCAUCUUUAGAAUUAUAAUAAGGAUAGUAUGCAAUAUGCAUAUGAUAUGCUUUCAAUAGUCUAUUAUAUUUCCAUGAUAAAAAGAGGGAUGUGUUUGCAGAGCAGUUCCAGGUACAUAAUUAGUAUUACGUUUUUACAGUAUUAGCCUACAGUAUUAGCCUUUUACAGUAUUAGCACAUAAUUAACCUAUAUGUUUUUUUAAAAAACAAUAUUGCAUUUAUUCUUUUGGAAAAAUACAUAUUUAUUUAAUGUUUACACAGAAAUGUAGCCUACUUUGUACAAUGACAGCUAUGUCCAAAUUAAUAGCCUUGAGACUAUUUAAGUAAGCAAAGCACUCAAAUAUUCCUAUUGUCCAUCAACUGUGUUCAGACUGAAUAGAGACUACUCAAAAGCUGUUAAUAACUCAACAUCUUAUUUAAAAUCUGAUUUUGUCAGGUGUCUUAACCUGGCGUGUUUCUCUCUCUCUCUGCUGGUGUCGCAAGUGAUAUUUGUGUUAAUAAACAGAAUGUAUCAUUGCAUAAUUGCUUAACCAGGGUGUCGUGCAUUUCUUUUCACAGAUAGCAAUAGCCUUAUCAAUGCAAUGGUUCUGCUUUAUGAUUUCAAGCACACAUGCACACACACACACACACACACACAGUAAGUAUUCAGAGCUACUUGCCUCUCCUCAACUUUUGCCACACAGUUCUUCUUUACUGACAAUAAACUUUACAUACAUACAGUAUGUAAACAUAAAUACAGUAUGUAAGUCAGGUGACUGUUCAGGAUUCAGACCAAAGAUAAGGAAAGUGUGCAUCUCUGUGUGUGCUUCUGCACGUAUGUGUGUGUGUGUGUGUGUCUUUGUGCACAAUGUUUUUAAUGAAAUGUAAUAUACACCGUGUGGAUAAAUGUGCAAUUAAUAUCCAGGUUAUCCUCUUGUUGUUGGGCCCAUACCCUUUGUUCACUCUACAAUGUUAUAUUCUUACCGAAUCUCCCCAAUCACUCAUCAUUUAGUGCCACAUAUACCCCAAAGCUGUAUGUUCAUGCAUUUCAGUAUGCGGUUCUAGUUUGUCCUUGAACCAGAUCUCUUCCUUUAUCAGCUUCCUGUGUUUAUGUUGCCGAUGGCAACAUUUCUUCCAUAUCUGUGCAUCUGGGUUACUUGUUUUCUAAACAGUACAUACAGAAACAACUAUAGAAACAAAAAUCUUCUAUUGGUUUUGAUUUGGAGGAAAAUCAUCUGUGUAUGAUUCAAACGAGUUUCAAUAGGUAUAGAUUGAACAAACGUUAUUAUUAGAAAGAAACUUGGGUAGAAAUUGUGAAUCAUAAACCACUGUUAGAUGACUAUCACCUAACUUUUGGUCUAUUAUUAUAAUUACAAUGCUCCUACUGCAGUAAACGGAAUCAUUUGAUGCAUGCUGCAUCCAUCACAUCAUGUAAUAUAGAAACAAUUGCAUUGUACGUAAUUACUGUAAACACAAAUGUAUUCGCUGCUCAUUAAUCAUACUGUACGUACAUUUUCAGCUUAUGAUACCGAAGAUGCACACACACAGCAUUUGAUAGCUCAACUAAAUAAUCAUACUGAUCGAAGAGCUUGUCAUCAUCUGAAUGUUCUUGAUUACUCCCUUAAUUGAACAGUACAGUUUAAAGAGUCUAUCGACGCACCCGUGCUUCAAUCUAAGUAACAUCAUUAAAAAAUCACCAUCAAAAUCCGUCAGUUUAAGGUUUUUUGUAUGGGCUGUGUCUCAAUCCACCACAUCCGCCUAUGUUGGCCUUUCGUAUCUGUGGUGGAAGGUGGCCGAGCUACAGCGAUGUUUGUCAGACCAUGAGACAUCCCGAAAAUCGGUCUUCUCACGAAAAUGUCUGUAGCAUCCGAACUGUUUGAGCAACAAACUAAUAUGAACCCACUAUGGAAUGGGUAGACUCUCACGAACACGAUGCUCUAUGACCCCCACUAGUCUGAAAGUAACCCAUACAAACCAAUGGAAGUAUGGAGGUAGUUUUGUGCCAACAAAAAUAAGGGGUUAAAUAUGUGUCCAUUUUUUUUCUUAUAUCUCCUCGAUAUAUGACAGACACUUCAAAACAUUAUUCCUUAUGAUACAUUUUUUGACUGUCUUUUUGCCAUUUGUGAAUGGGUUUCUAUGGGCUAUAGUAGUAAAGGCCAAAUUCAAUAUUUUAUCAAAUAAUAUUAUUUGGGAUACCUAAAAUGUAAAAUCAAAUAUGUAAAUGAUCCAUGAUAUGACCAUCUAAAAACAAUUAACGACUUCGACUUUUAGAGGUAAAGGAUUCAGCAUAUUUUAUCAUGGCUUUGCAAUGACUCACGUUAUUAAAAAUAUAUAUUAUAUUGAGGUCUUCAGCAUCAGUAUUUAUAUUUGGUUUAAUGUCGGCAAAAUCCCCUCAGCUGUUUCAGCUGCCCCUCACCCCCCACUCGCUUCUCGCUCACCGUGUUCAGUUCCGUCCUAGACUUUAGAAUUCGCUGUUGCCAUGGCAAUGGAUAGAGCACGCUCUCUCACUUCUUUCCCGCUCCCUCUUGCUUUAUAUAUCCCUCUCUCAGUGUGAAAUGUGGAAACGGAUCAGCUUCUUUCCUUUCUGGUCUGUCAUCGCAGAAUGUACAAACCCAAUUUUAUUAAUGAUUUAUAUUUUUGUAAGGUUAUCAUUUUACUUGGCUUCCCUCUCACGUCACAUUAAUUUAUUCAAUCCUUUAUUUUGUCUUCUUCUCCCCACAGGAGCAACGCUGAGAUGCCUGCCAGUGCCAUGACCACCCACUGAGAAAAGGGACGGAACCUUGAGUUGCGGACCCACGCUCACAUACAGACGAACCAGAGAGUGUGAGAGAGGAAGAACAAGGGAGCAGAGAGAGCGAGAGAGACACAGGGGAACAAGAGAGAAGAGAGGAAACGAGAGAGGGAGCGCGGUCGAUGGAUGCUGCUUGGACAGAGGGGACUCUGAAGGUGCACUCUUCGCUGACGAGGAACAGCAAGCUGCAGACAUGGAGGCAAAAGGCAGGGGCAUGCCCCAAGGUGAAACACACUUCACACACACACACACACACACACACACUCACACACACACACACACACACACACACACACACACACACACACACACACACACACACACACACACACACACACACACACACACACACACACACACACACACACACACACACACACACUUAAGCAAAGACACACUUAACAGAUGCCUAGAUUCAAAAGACAACAAUAUGAUUUACCCAAGUCAUUAUUCUGUAACUAGACUAGACUGAAGUCUUUUUGCCCUUUUCGAAAAUGGCUUUUGUAUUUAAACAAUUCCAAGUCAUCAGAAAGACAAAGCACUGACAAUGCCUUUCUAAUUGGCCCUCUGGGAUUAACAAAGUCCUAUUGAAUUGAAAUGAAAGCGAGACACCAGGUUUUGGACAUCCAGCUCAAUAUCGGGUACAUUUACAUUCAGUUGUUACCUUGGAAACACCCAACAAACCCACACCAUUCAAGACAAUGCUCUUGAUUUAUAGCUUUUCAGGUGUCCUUACCAUUUUAACCAACUCUCCUCUUUCUCCAUCCCGCUCUCUCCUCCCUCUCUCUCUUCCCUCUCUCCGGCCCAGUCAUGGUGUGGUGGGAGAAGGGGAUCCAGGUUGUCCUCACCACUUUGGGGGCGUUUGCAGCCUUUUCCCUGAUGGCGGUGGCCAUCGGGACGGACUACUGGCUGUACGCACGGGCCUUCAUCUGCAACAGCACGGCCAACUCCUCCCAGGACGACCCCAACAACAAGGACAAGAAAGACCCUGGAGCCCUCACCCACUCUGGCCUCUGGAGGAUCUGCUGUCUGGAGGGUAAGGGGAAGACUAGAUGUGUGUGGGGAGGUGUGAGUGUGGAGGGGGAGGGGUGAUGGGGGGUCCAGUGUAUUUCCAGAGUUUUGGUGGGGUCAGAUGAAUGGCUCAGUGUGUGUGUGUGUGUGUGUGUGUGUGUGUGUGUGUGUGUGUGUGUGUAUGUGUGGGUGGAUCACCGUGUUUGGCUCAGUGUGUUUACAUAUAUGCCUAUCAGUAGCAGUGCGUGGGUAAAAUCACUGGGGAAGCCCCAAAAAAGCUGGGCAUUCACUGCUGCGGUUUGCUCUAUAACCUGUUAGUUCAUAUGCCUUGCCACCGUGAUAUAGAGGCCUAAGGCUGAGACAAUAAGAAGAUACAGUAGCAGAAUAAAUUACACCACAGCUUUGUUUCAUCACAAAACCAGAGAGCAACAUCUGUCCGGUGAAGUCCACAAAGCAUAUUGCGUGUAACAAACCCUUACAUGACCUACAGCAUGGUCAAGCAAGUUAAUGUUUCUGACAUUUUCAGACCACUAAACAACUAUUGAUUUAGAACCAUGGAGAGUUGCAAAGAAAACUGGAGCUGCCUCCACUAUUCCAGCACCAUUUCAACUUCAACAUUUCAUCAUCAAAUCACCUAUGCUUAGUCUAAUACAGUGACAACUAAAAGAUACCAAAAACAAUUUAGUCCAGUCAACGUAACCUAAAUAUGAUGUGGCUGUCCAUGGUUCUGAUUUCUGUGUGUGUGUGUGUGUGUGUGCAUGUUCGUGCAAGUAGAAAAACAUGUUGACUCACCCUACUUGUAGAGAAACGCCAAUGCCAUCCUCCUCUCUUUCAUGUUGAAGAAAUGGCCUAUCACUCUUUCAUACAGUACACGCUUUCAUUUUUUGUUGUCCUAGGCUACCUGGCUAAAAUGCUUGUUCACUAGCCUAACUGCCAUUAAUGGGCAACAUUAGCUAUUACACUGAACAAAAAGAUAAAAGCAACAUGUAAAGUGUUGGCCCCAUGUUUCAUGAGCUGAAAUAAAAGAUCCCAGAAAUGUUCCAUACGCACAAAAACCGUAUUUCUCUCAAAUGUUGUGCACAAAUUUGUUUACGUUCCUGUUAGUGAGCAUUUCUCCUUUGCCAAGAUAAUCUACCUGAUAGGUGUGGCAUAUCAAGAAGCUGAUUAAACAGCAUGAUCUAUACACAGGUGCACCUUGUGCUGGGGAAAAUAAAAGGCCACUCUAAAAUGUGCAGUUUUGUCACACGGCACAAUGCCACAGAUGCCUCAAGUUUUGAGGGAGCGUGCAAUUGGCAUGCUGACUGCAGGAAUGUCCACUAGAAUGUAAUGUUCAUUUCUCCACCAUAAGCCACCUCCAACAUCGUUUUAGAGAAUUUGGUGGUAUGUCCAACCGGCUUCACAACCGCAGACCACGUGGAUGGUGUCGUGCCAUUCAUCCACCGCCAUCACCUCAUGUUUCAGCAUGAUAAUGCACGGCCCCGUGUCGCAAGGAUCUGUAUACAAUUCCUAGAAGUUGAAAAUGUCCCAGUUCUUCGAUGGCCUGCAUACUCACCAGACAUGUCACCCAUUGAGCAUGUUUGGGAUGCUCUGGAUUGACGUGUACGACAGCGUGUUCCAGUUCCCGCCAAUGUCCAGCAACUUCGCAUGGCCAUUGAAGAGGAGUGGGACAACAUUCCACAGGCCACAAUCAACAGCCUGAUCAACUCUAUGCGAAGGAGAUGUGUUGCGCUGCAUGAGGCAAAUGGUGGUCACACCAGAUACUGACUGGUUUUCUGAUCCACGCACCUUUUUUUAAAGUUAUCUGUGACCAACAUUCCCAGUCAUGUGAAUUCCAUUGAUUAGGGCCUAAUGAAUUUAUUUCAAUUGACUGAUUUCCUUAUAUGAACUGUAACUCAGUACAAUCUUUGAAUCUUUGUUGCAUGUUGCGUUUAUAUUUUAGUUCAGUAUAUAGUUAACGUUAGUCUUCUACAUCUAGCUACAUAUUGAACUUCCAUCCACUCAGGGCAGGAGCACAAUGUGUGAAUUUAUUUUGCUCGCUCUGAUGCUUUCUCCGGUGAGAUACACUAUAUAUACAAACAUAUGUGAACACCUCUUGAAAUUAGUGGAUUCGGCUAUUUCAGCCACACCCGUUGCUGACAGGUGUAUAAAAUCGUCCAUACCGCCAUGCAAUCUCCAUAGACAAACACUAGCAGUAGAAUGGCUUUACUGAAGAGCUUAUUGACCGUCAUAGGAUGCCACCUUUCCAACAAGUCAUUUCGUCAAAUUUCUGCCCUGCUAGAGCUGCUCCGGUCAACUGUAAGGGCUGUUAUUGUGAAGUGGAAACGUCUAGGAGCAACAACGGCUCAGCCGCGAAGUGGUAGGCCACACAAGCUCAUAGAACAGGACUGCCAUGUGCUGAAGCGCAUAGCGCGUAAAAAUAGUCUGUCCUCGGUUGCAACACUCACUACCGAGUUCAAAACUGCCUCUGGAAGCAACGUCAGCACAAGAACUGUUCAUCAACAGCUUCAUGAAAUGGGUUUCCAUGGCCGAGCAGCCGCACACAAGCCUAAGAUCACCAUGCGUAAUGCCAAGCGUCUGCUGGAGUGUUGUAAAGCUUGCCGCCAUUGGACUCUGGAGCAGUAGAAACUUGUUCUCUGGAGUGAUGAAUCACGCUUCACCAUCUGGCAGUCCAAUGGACGAAUCUGGGUUUGGCGGAUGCCAGGAGAAUGCUACCUGCCCCAAUGCAUAGUACCAACUGUAAAGUUUGGUGGAGGAAGAAUAAUGGUCUGGGGCUGUUUUUCAUGGUUCUGGCUAGGCCCCUUAGUUCCAGUGAAGGGACAUCUUAACGCUACAGCAUACAGUGAUAUUCUAGAUGAUUCUGUGCUUCCAACCUUGUGGCAACAGGAAAGGCCCUUUCCUGUUUCAGUAUGACAAUGCCCUUGUGCACAAAGUGAGGUCCAUACAUAAAUGGUUUGUUGAGAUCAGUGUCGAAGAAUUUGACUGGCCUGCACAGAGCCCUGACCUCAACCACAUCUAAUACCUUUGGCAUGAAUUGGAACGCUGACCGAGCCAGGCCUAAUCGCCCAACAUCAGUGCCCAACCUCACUAACGCUCGUGGCUGAAUGGAAACAAGUCCCCCUAGCAAUGUUCCAACAUCUAGUGGAAAGCCUUCCCGGAAGAUUGGAGGCUGUUAUAACAGCAAAGGGGGGGACCAACUCCAUAUUAAUGCCCAUGAUUUUGGAAUGAGAUGUUCGACGAGCAGGUGUCCACAUACUUUUGGUCAUGUAGUGUACAUUCAGCCUCUUGCGAAUUGAAGGAAAAUUCCGGAACAGAGACGAAAGAGAAAUGAAUUAUUAUUAUGAUUAUUUUUUGGGGUACAUUUUUUGGGGAACCCUGGCUUCGCUUGGCAUCCAUUAAUACACACCACUGCUGCCUGUGUGUGUGUUUGUACACUUGUUUAUGUGCGUGUGAAUGUACAAAAGUGUAUGUGUUGGUCGUACCGUGUUAGUGUGUUUUUUUUCUGAUGACGCUGAUGAGCAGCUCAACCAUGAAAGACACGGUUUUACACAGUGCGUCCUGGAUGAGUGCAUUCAGAGCAGUGGAGGCUGCUGAGGGGAGGAUGGCUCAUAAUAAUGGACGGAAUGAGGUGAAUGGAAUGGUAUCAAACACAUCGUUUUCAUGUGUUUGAUACCACUCCAUUCCAGCCAUUACACUCCAUUCCAGCCAUUAUUAUGAGCUGUCCUCACCUAAUCAGCCUCCACUGAUUCAGAGGACAUCCAGUGGGCAGUGGCAGACAGUCAGGAGGAGAAGGCUCAUUUCAAGAGUCGCUUAUCUAACAUGACCAAACAUUCACAUUUUUACCCUAUUGCAACUAGCCUCAUCGAGAACCUGGCGUGACAAUGAUGUGAUUUUGGAGGUAUGGCUAUGCGAGACUAGCGAAUGUCAAAGAGGCCAAUUAUGAGCGAUGAGUCAGUGGUGAUAGUCUGAUGGAGUGGUUCUCCAUUUGCGAUAGACAGCUUCAACAAAAGAGGACAACAACACAACCAUUUUAUAUAAUAUUUGUGGUGGCUGCUCAACAUUCUGAAACCACUGAUUAUGACUCCUUGAUUAUUGAUUAUUAUAGGUAGUUUUAGUUGAUUUGGUCUGUUGUUUUCCUCUGAGUACAGGGGGGGGGGGGGGUUGUGGUUCAUAUGACUGUCAUGAAAAAUACAUUGUGUUUGAGCUAUUUUAACCGACUUGGAAAGGGAUUCAAAUGAAUACUUAAUAUGUCCAAACACCAAGCCCCAGAUAGCUGAUAUCUGCUUCUCUCUCUCUCUCUAAUCGCCGCGGCCAGCGGGAGGAGGGCGCGCGCUCGCGCGAGCGCGAGCGCGCGCGCGCGGAGCGCGCGAGCGCGACGCGCGGAGCGCGGCGCCCGCGCGCGGAGAGCGCGCCAGGGCGGAGGGCGCGCAAGAGCGCGCCCAGCGGCGGGGCGCGGCGCCGCGACGAAGGCGGCGAAGCGGGGGGAGCGCGCGCGCGGCGCGCGCGCGCGCGCGCGCGCGCGGAGCGCGCAGGCGCGCAGCGCGCGCCCCGCGGCGAGCAAGCGCGCCCAGCGGCGGGAGGGGCGCCGAAGCGCGCGCACAGCGGGCGGAGGGCAGAUCGCUCGCGCCAUGCGCGGCCCUCGGCUCGGGGAGCUGCGGAGCGCAAUCGUGCGCCCAGCGGGCAGGGAGGGGCGGGAACGCGCAGAGGCGUGCCGGAGGCGGGGGAGGGCGAGAGAGCGAGCGCGCGGCGAGAAGAGGAAGGCGGGAGAGCGAGAGAGGAGAGAAAGAAGAGGAGCGAGAGCGGAGAGAGAGGGAGAGAGAGAGAGAGAGAGAGAGAGAGAGACAGAGAGAGAGAGAGAGAGAGAGAGAGACGAGAUAGAGAGAGUGGAGACGAGACCGGGAGGAGAGAGAGAGGAGGAGAGGAGAGAGAAGAGAGAGCGAGAGAGAGAUCGCGAGAGCGCGCAUAUAUCUUCUCCUAGCUAUCUCUUCUCUCUCUCUCUCUCUUCUCCUCUCUCUCUCUCCUUCUCUCUCUCUCUCUCUCUCUCUCUCUCUCUCUCUCUCUCUCUCUCAGGGCUGAAGAGAGGAGUGUGCUCUCAGAUCAAUCAUUUCCCGGACGAUGCAGACUAUGAUCAAGAUGCAGCAGAGUAUCUCCUGCGUGAGUAAGGGGACGUGGGCAGUGGGAGGAUGUCACUAGAGAGAUGUGAUGUCGAAUUGAAAAUCAAAACCUGGGAAACCGCAUCAGUGAAUUCCCAGGUGCAGGGAAUUAUGACAAAGCAAUAGGAUAUUCCAAUCAAACCAGAACAUUGGUUGGAAUUAGAAUGUAGGACACAUUUAAUCAUUUAUGUAAGGUGUUACAAAAUACUGUAAAUGCUUAUUGUAGCAUAUUACUUUACUCCAGAUGGUGACAAUGUCACAUAUGCAGCCUGAAAAGUCACCUUCACAACUUCAGCUUGAAUCAUUCAUCUUUAAUAUAUUUUUGCUACGCUCAGCAGGUUAUGACACCAUGACACCACCAAGGUUGCAGUCGCUUCCAAUAUUAUCAGAGGAUAGGAAGAAAUAUCUAAGCAGAGCUCCAGGUAGAAGAUACCCAUAGGCACAGAUCUAGGACCAGCUAGGAUCUAGGAUCCCCAAAUGAUAACUAUAACCACCAACCACUGUCAACAUAAAACUGAUCAGCAACUAAGGACAAUUUCACCCCCAUCCGUCUGCAGGUGUGGUCCGAGCCUCCAGUAUCUUCCCCAUCCUGAGUGCUAUACUCCUCCUGAUGGGGGCGAUGUGUGUUGCAUCCAGCAGCUUCUACAAAAGCAAGAGGAACAUCAUCCUAGGAGGAGGCAUCCUGUUUGUGGCUGCUGGUAAGGUGCUGGUGUCUUGUUCUUGACUGUUUCUCUAUUACUCAGGACACAUGGGGAUGGUUUCCCGGACACAGAUGAAGCCUAGUCCUGGAGUUAAAAUCAUGCUCAAUGGUGUCGCAUAUUUAUUUUCCUCUUGUUCAGAUGUAAUGCAAUAGCCCUACUCUGCCUUAAAUGUUCUCAACGGUCUCUGAACUAAUUCUCCUUUUUUGACUGGUAAAUAGUGUUAUUAUCAAGGAUAAUAUAAUGAUCCUCAUAAUUUCAUCCAUCCAUGAUGUUCAACUUUGUGUUGUUUUUCCCUCCCCAUAACUCAUUUAAUGUUAAUGAUAUUGGUUGCGGCUUAGAUUUCCCACAUAUAUCAUCCGUUGAGUGGAGACUCAGGUCAACGAGGCACAACACAGCAGUAGUGAUAAAGAUUGUUUAUUUAGUAUUAUGGCAUAUAUUACCUCCUGAGUGAAGAUAUGGGUCACUGAGACAUUGCACAAGAGAAGUAAUCAAGUUGAGAUGGUUUGUUUAGAGCCAUUCCCCCAUCCCCUAUGGAAACCUCAGAGAAAAUCAAUGGCAUAUUAUAUUUAAGCAAUAAGGCCCGAGGGGGUUUGGUAUAUGGCCAAUAUACCACGGCUAAGGACUGUUCUUAUGCAAGAUCGCAACGCAAAGUGCCUGGAUACAGCCCUUAGCCGUGGUAAAUUGGCCAUAUAACACAAACCCCAGAGGUGCCUUAUUGUUAUUAUAAACUGGUUACCAACGUUAUUAGAGCAGUAAAAAUAAAUGUUUUGUCAUACCCGUGGUAUACGGUCUGAUAUACCACAGCUGUCACCCAAUCAGCAUUCAGGGUUUUAACCACCCAGUUUAUAAUCUAGUCUAUAUCUCACAGAGCUUUUCACACCUCUCACCUCCUCUCUCUCUUUCCCCCAGGCCUGAGCAACAUCAUUGGCGUGAUCGUGUACAUCUCUGCGGCGCUGAGCGACAUCUCACCCAAGAAGGACGAGGACAAGAAGUGGCAUUACUCGUACGGCUGGUCCUUCUACUUCGGAGGCCUCUCCUUCAUCCUGGCUGAGAUGGUGGGCGUCCUGGCCGUCAACAUCUACAUCGAGAAGAACAAGGAGCUGCGCUGCCGCUCUCGCACCGAACUCUUGAAGAGCACCACGCACGCCAUGCUCCGCCUUCCCAGCUACCGCUUCCGCCGGCGCUCCCGCUCCAGCUCUCACUCUACCGACCCGCCUGGCUCCCCCUGCGACACCUCACCCACAGGCGCCAAGUGUUUUGCAUUACCGCCAUCUGCUCCGCCUUUCUCCGUGGCCACCCUGCCCAACCCGCACCAUCCUGGUGGAGGAGUAGGGGGUGAUAUCUCCAUGUAUACCCUGACCCGGGACUCCAAGAUGGGGAGUCUUGGUGGCGGUGGGCCCCCCCUCUACGGCACGGGGGACCGGGCCUCCCUCUACCAGCUGCACAACUACUUCCCCAAAGAGGAAGUGGGGGUGAUGAUGAGCGGCACGCUGCCUUCUCUCUCCAAGUCCAACCUCUCUGCGGUGGGCCAGAAUGCCGCGGCCGGCGCCACUGCUAUUGCGCCCCUGAAUACCUUGUCGUCCUCCGGGCCUGCCCCCCAACAGCCACCUCUACCCACCGGCACCAUGGAGAGAGAGAGGGGCAUGGGCACCCUGGACCGCCUGGGGGGCAAACGGAACAGGGACACCGACUCGGACACGCUGAACAGGAGAACCACGCCAGUGUGAGCCUCUGAGAUAGGAGCAAGAGCCAUGGAGGUGGAGGGCAAAAUGGCGAGUAACGCUUUAUAGUAACUCCCUGUCGUACAGCCUACUUUUCGCUGCCAUACGUAAUAACUUUUAUAAGCAGUCAGGACAACUAGUGUAAAUUCUUGACAACUGCCUUAACAUGGUCAUGACGGCUUAUACAGUGGCCUCAAUUCUCUAGUUAGCUAGUACCCAUAGUUAGCUUGCACAUACUUGCUGUAUGCGACAUACUAGUGUUUGAUUACCUAAUGUAUUCGUGUUUAUGACUGAUUAUGACAUUGAUCGUUUGAGGACUGUAUGACAGGGCUUCUGUAAAGUGUUACCAAAAAGGGCCGUAGAAAAAUGUAAGAUAACUGAACGAGAAUAAUUGGCCAUUCCAGUCUGUUUUUGACUACUCUGAAUACAUCUAUUCCACUGACUAGAAUAUCAAAUGUAUUAUUAACAAUAUUAUUCAGUAUAUAUUCAUUCUGAAAUGCACAAUAUAUCAUUCCGAGUGCUUGAUUAUCAUAGCCAGGUUACAAGACUGUAAAGAUUGUAACUUCUUGAAUAUGAUCACAUUGCUGUUGUUUUUAUUCUCGUAUUUGUAAAUGCAGGGUAAAUUUGAACAUUUUGAACUAUGAUUUUUGUAUUUUUGUAUUUCUGUAAAGUUGAGAAUUUUCAUUGAUUUCUAGCUCCAUCACACUUAAUCCGAUGGUGUCAUGUGGAAAGCAUGUGUGAAAAUAUGAGUGUAAUAUUGUAUUUAUAUUUUAUUUUAAAUAUAUUUUAUUUAUUAUUACUAUUAAUAAUAAGUCGCUAUUAUUAUUAUUAUUGUUAUACUUAUUGUUAUUAUCACAUUUUUAAGGCUAUUAUUUUUGUUUGCUAAUACGGAUAUAACCAACAUAGCCUAAUCUGUGUUUUUAUUGUUCCUGACAAGUGUAUUAGAUUAUAGACUUUAUAUGAAUCUAUUUAUUUUAGCAAUGGUAUAUAUUCUUAAUGUUAUUCUUUAAAGCGGCGAUUCUCAACUGAUGGGUCGCGACCCAAA